GGCCUGGUGCAUAAUCAUUUGUGGAGAACAUCGGAGUGCAGAAUUUUGUCAAUAGACUACCCUCACAGAGUAUUACAUCUGAUUUUGUUUUUUUCUUCAAACGAUGGACCGUGGGUGAAUCACUUCAAGAGUUUGUGUGUGAAGCAGAGGAGUUCAUGGGAAAUGUUGGUCAGCAACUCAGUAUUUGAAAAAGAAAAAAAAACAACUAUGCAAACAUGCAGAUGCAUGUGGUUUGGCAUUUUGCAGUGGCACUGAGUGCAAUGGCCCAAGAGAGAUACAUCAGUCAACAUAACAAGGAAAAUCUCCACUGCCAGCCAGGUUUCUACUGUCCUCCAGCCAGCUUCAGUCCGGUUCCCUGUCCUAGAGGCACAUAUGGGCCAAAUGCUGGAGCUGUGUCUGAAGAAAGCUGCCUGACGUGUCCUCCACAACACUACUGCCCUCGACCAGGCCUGCCGUCCCCCCUGGCCUGUGGUCCUAUGGCUGUGCAGCCUUUGUCUGGUCAGGAUGUCUGCAUCUGCUCAGGAAAUGGACAGAGUUUUCAGAGAACUGACGGCCGUUGCUUCUGUACAAUCGGAUACCAGUCCAGCAGUGAUGGAGAAGUGUGUGUGCAGCAGCUGUACAGCAUUUGCAGAAAUGGAAAGUCUCGCACACAAUAUGGGGACUGCUUGGACCAUCACCAGUGGUCUCUUCACUGCAAGGACAAGGUGUGCCAAACACCAGAUGACUACCAUGGUUAUGACAGGGAGCUGGGUCUGUGUGUGUGCAGAGAGCCUCCUGGCAGAGCUGCAUGUGGAGGCCUAUGCAGGUGGAAGCCAGCAACCCAUCUGAAGCUCCAGUGCAGAUAUGAUCAGGAUAUGGCUCUGACAUGGAGCUAUGAAAGUCAGGUGUCAAGCGUCUCGGGCGGUGUGCUGGAAGCGGUUUUUGAAAGGUGGGACUCCCUGGGGACUCUGCAGUGCCGCAGCCAUCGCAAACCCUCACGUCCUGUCUACAUUGUUCAGACAACAGAGGCAGGACUCUUUGGCCUGCUCAGCGGUCUCCCAGAGGAAAUCCAGCAACUGUUUCCAGACCGCACACAGAGCUCGGCCGACGAAGAGUACGAAGUUUUAGAUGAGAUCAGCGGUGUGGAGAAUAUCAGUGAUGCAAAAAGAGAACCUCGUUUCAGACAGUGGAGCAAAGACCCGAGUGAUGUUGAAGACCAGAGUGUGUCGAGCGUAGCUGGAGUCCUCAACCCGACAACAUGUCUCCAACUGGGGGAUGUUUUACUGUUCACCGUCAGCACACGCCAUUACCCGCUCUACGACAUCGACAAUCUCUACAACACAAACAGCGAUUUUGACUGGGGUGCGCUCCGGCUGCUGGAAGAGGAGCUGACCCUUUCCUGGACUCCUCCUACCUUAUUUUCGCUGGUGUUUAGCCACCAGGGGGUUUACGUCUUCACGCUUAGCAGCAAUCGGCAUAAACACAUGUAUGUGCGAGUGAUGCCCGCAGGGGGCCAGUGUUAUGAGCCUGGACCCUUCUUCCCGACCAUUCCUCGACGUCUGACCCAGAUGGGAAUCAGCAGAAGACGUGAUCUGUUGCUUCGACCUGAUUGGCUGGUCGCCGGCGGGCUGUUGUUUGGAGCUGUGGUCGUUCUCUGCUUAUGCGUCGCAUUGCUGAUUAUGUUCCAGGAAUACGGGUGGCCGGAAAAGAAGCCAAUCACAACGAGGUAUCGCUCGUUGCAGCUGGCCUACCAAAUGGAUGACUACGCAUCAAAAGGCUCAAGGGUUUUCACAGUUAGGAAGACCCAUCGGAAUCAACAGGCUAGGCUAAUGAAGGACUCCAUUCAGCCAGCCUGCCCGGAUGUUUUGGAUGAGUUCUGGGAUUAUGAGCACCAGGUGGAUUUGGAGGCUUUCAGCAGCAACACUUUCUACAGCCUCCUGCUUAAACAAAGCCUGUCUGUCACUGCGAGGCUGGGGCAGCUCACAACGGAGGUAAAAGAGAUGUAUCAGGGAGUCCUUGGGAAACUACAGCUACUCCACCCAGGCAUGAUUGCCGAGGAGAGGGUGGGGGAAGGGUACGAGAGGAUGAGAAAAGAGAUGGAGAAAGAAGUGGGGCGACGGAGGGCUUUGGCCUCCCAGCUGCGAACUUUGCUCGACAAUCAGCUUGAGGUUCUGAGACGAGAUCAGCAGGCCAAGCAGCGGGUCUACAGUGUAUUCACCACUCGAUGCAGGGAGUGCACCGGACUGCUGUCCAAGAUUUCCAACGGCAAUCAGGCCUCUUGUGAGCUUCACCAACAAAUUUUGACCCAAAGGCUGACGUGCCUUGUGGAUGAAAUGGGGGAGCUGGUGGCAGCAGAGUGCCACCGUCAGGGAGCGUGGGGGCUGUUGGGUGAAGGCACCGGGGCCAAGCUGCUCUGCCCCGACACGGGAACCGUCCUGACCAAAGACGACAUCUUUGGUCCUGACGGGUCUCUGCGUGUCCCUGCUGCGGUUCAUUGCGAUCCAGUCACCGGGCUCAUGAAGCCAAACCCUCAAAGCCACAUGUUGCUGAGCAGCGGCCAUACCAUGGCAGUGCCACCUGAUUAUUUCAUUCACCCUCAGACUGGCAGAGUUUUACCCAUCGUUGGCAACGUGGCCUAUGAUCCUGUCAGUUCCACAUUAGUGUUUACUACGGACCUCUGUACAGGUGAUGUCAGAAAGUUGGACAGCCCCCUCCUUCCAUUUCUUCCUUUUCCCACCUCCUGCCCCUCAGAGUUGCCCCUGCCUUGCAUUCGUCUCAAAGGCCUAAAACCAGGUCAGAGGUUACAACUAGGCAUGCCCGCGGCAGACCCAGACACAGGCGUCCCCGUACCCACCCUGGCAGUGACCAUCCACCCACAGACUGGACUAGUUUACCCCCUGGGAAGGCUGCAUACCUGCCCACUCUCCCGCCUGCCUCAGCCAAUACAAAUUGGCUAUCCCAUGCUGGACUCCAGGACAGGGAACAUUGUGCUCACUGUUGGGGUCCAUUUAGAUCUGGUGACAGGAGAUGUACAGCCAGUAGGUGGAGCGCUGCUCGGCGAGGUCUUCACCGAACCUCUGAGUGGGCAGAUGGUGAGAGUAGGAGGAGUCACCAUUAGAGCUGGACAGCUGGUGCCUCAUGUAGGAGGAUAUCAAGCAUUAUUAGACAGCAAGGUUCUGGCUGAGAUGCUUAAAGCACUGGACCUCCUGAAACCGCUAACUGAUGACUGGGGUUCAGACCCGACUCUACAAAGUAUGCAGAGCCAUCCGGGCAACGAGAACAUAAGCGGUCGACUGGACGAUCUUCUAGCUGCGAGCAAGGAGCUCGAGCAGGCCUGGGAAAGGAGUCUGCACUGUGGGCUGCAGCUGUGGACCCGGUUUGAGAUGCUGCUGGACUGGACUCUGCACCUGCAGCAGGACGGUGGGACACUGGGCGAAAUGCCUCUGCUGGCUUCAGAUAUGUGUCUGCCAGCUCUCCUGGGGAUGGAGUAUCUUGACCCUAUGGGAUCCGGUCUGAGUGUUCCUGUGCUUGGGUGCCAGAGGGAUCCCAUCUCUGGGAGUGCAAUUCCUCUGGCAGGAACCAUGGAAGACCCUAAAGGAAAAGGCUUGGUGGCAAUCCGUUAUGGAGCUCAGGCUGUGGAUCCAGUGACUGGGCUGUUGGCCCCAGUAGUUGGAGCAAGGCUGGACGUGUGCAGCAAAAACAUUGUGCCUAUGACGUCUUCAUUCUGGCUGAUGACGGCGGAGCAAACCGAUAGUGUACAAGUGGAGGCGCUGCAGAGGGAAAUGUGUGUGAGAAACUCUUACUGGCAGCAGCAGAGGCAGCGUGAGGAGGACGUCCUCAUCGAUCUGGACUCGGCUUUAUGCCACCAUCUCUUCAGUGUCACAGAUGCAAAUUCUCAUCAGGUCCAGUGGUCAGGGAAGCAGCUGAAGGAGGCAGCUGUCGAGCUGCAGGAUGCUGCACAAACUGAGGUCCAGAGAAGAGCAGCUCAGCGCUCGUUCCUGGCUCUGGUCCUGCCGCCACAUGCCUUACACAUCCUUUCGUGCGGCGAUGAAGAGGAAUGGGACCAGCAGUGUGGUUGGCACUCGGCCCUUAUGUCUGGUCUCGAUAAGCUGGAUGUGUGCAUGGAUCAGCUGCAACAAGACAAUGAGAAGUGGACGUCCCAGCCAGGAGACUGGUCUACAAACCUCCAUGCGAUGGACAGAGAGCUGAGGCACCGAGAAAUAUGGGAGCAGUGUUGUUCCACACAGACAGCGGUGGAUUCUGCUCUCACGUCGCUCCAUUUUGUCAGACUUGUUUCUCGGCUGCGUGCCAACACAGCCCAGGCAGUACUUUGUGGACAGUUUUGGUACAAAGACUAUGGCCUGAUCCAAUGCAGUGAAUAUAAGCCAAACGUCACCAUGAUGGCUCUGCUCCAACAGAGGGUCGUACCUCUGCUUGAACGACUGAAUGUGAUCCUGGAAGAAAAACUUUCAACAAACCUGUUGUCCAAUAUCUGCAACCAGCAAAUCUCCGGCUCGUCGAGAAAGCAGGAGUUUUGCCUGGAGAUCCCGUCCAGAGUGUGGACAAGCUCUGUUCCAGUGGUGAAAGGGAACUCAACCCAGUCACUGAGAGAACCUGUAAAUGUUGCUGAAUCCCAGGACGGCAUCCUCCAGACCUGCUCUCAGCGACAGACUGCGUUGUCUGGCGUUCGCUCGCAGGAGAGUCAGCAGACGAAGGACCCUGGUCGGUUUACACACGCAGCCGUCAUUACUACUCCAGAGGAGCAGUGGAAGAGGCUGGUGGAGGUCUCUCCUCUCUCCCUGUUCUUAAGGGACUUGGAGCUUCGGCUGAAGGCCUGGGCUGGGAAGGCUGGUUUACUUGGACACGAACUUAGCAGCAGAGGAAGCGGUUUUGUGGAUCUCCUCGAUGCCCAGUGGGAAUGCGAAGGAGAGCUGAUCCCUUUGGACCUUUCAGUCCUAAACCCCAGAGAGUUUCUGGUCUACCAGCAUGGAUUAUUCCUGAUUGACACUCUGCAUAAUCUAAAACUGACUCCAGCUGUUUCACUUCAGAUAGCUGUGAGUCUUCCCAGCAACAACUACGUAAACAACGCCUUCAGGAACUCUUUCUUUUAUCAGGAAGCAGAGGAGACGCUCUUUGUCCGCCGUCAGAGGCUGCAGUGUGUCGGUGGUUUCUCUCUGAUGCUCCUUCACUGUCUCUCACACAUUAAAACCAAAGACAUGAGCGCCGACUUUAGUCCGGCCUUCCAGAGACUUUUCUUCAAGACUCUACAGGACUGUUUGCAAGAGCUCUUUCAGGCCCGACUGAGCAUCCGUUCUGGACUGGACCCAAGCUUGUGCGUUGGGUUUCAGGAGCAGGGUGACCUAAAGGAGGCGCUGUCAGACCCCCAUGCUGUCUCACUGCUUCAUAGGCUUCAUAAACCAAGCAGAGGACUACUGUCCGAAGAUGAGGUAGAGAAAAUGCUGGUGAAACACAGAGAAGCAUCUCUGUUAUCACAUCUUGGAGGAUUUCUGAGAGAGAGAAGCUCUGAAGCCAAAGAGCCACAGGAGGAGCAGAGUGGCUGAACCAACAACCAUCAUUAUCUAAUAUACUUGCAUAGACCCUGCACUACGUCAAGAGACUGAUAAAAGUAAAGAUCAACAGAUGAGUUCAGAUGGAGGCCAUAUGAACAAAAUAAAAGGUUUGAUUCCUAUCACUAUCAGAUAA